AUGAUUUUGACCGGCGUCCACCGGUGGAUGUGGAAAGAUGUCGCGUCCACUGCCCUUGGGAAGCGUGAUCGGCUACAGCGGAACCGUGCCUGGUGGCAUGGUUCUUCACCCGGACAAGUCGACGCUCGUCUAUGCGCUUGGGACUUGCAUUGUUUUGAGACACCGGGGCGAUGAUCACAACCAAGAGUUUUUGCAAGGACACAGCAACAAGGUGUCCUGUUUGGCCAUCUCAAGAAGUGGAAAAUAUUUGGCAACAGGACAGGUUUCGUACAUGGGAUUUACGACAACCAUUAUCAUCUGGGAUCUGGAGGAGCGAAGGAUUCUUCACCAGUUGAAUUUGCACAAAGUGAAAGUGGAGUCCUUGAGCUUUUCUCCCUGUGAAACUUUCGUGGCAUCAACUGGAGGUCAAGAUGAUGGGAAACUGGUCGUUUGGUAUGUGAAGUCGGGCAAGGCGGUUUGUGGCAGUCCGACGCCAAUCGACUAUGCUCAGUGCGUGUGCUUCUUCAAUUGCACAAACACAAAACUCGUCACAGCUGCAUCAGCUAAGCUGACGAUUUGGGAAUUUGACGAGGGAAACAGGCAGCUUCGGCCAUACGAUUGCCAACUUGGUAAAAUCAGGCGAGUGUUGCAAACAAUUGUUAUUGAUAGUAAGGACGACUACGUAUAUGUUGGAACUCAAACUGGAGAUGUUCUUCAGGUGAGUUUGGGUCCGAAAUUGUUUCAAAAUCAUGGACCUAAGCAAAAGCUUUGCAUGGGAGUACAAUCUACGAUAUCGACGCCCUUUGACGACCUACUUGUCGGGGGUGGAGAUGGAAACAUUGUACUCCUGAGGUCUGGAACUUUGAAAACGGUCUCCUCUACCAGAGUUCACGGUAGUGUCACUGCAAUGGCCAAUGGUAAUGCUGAUCAAAGCGGAUCUUUCGAGUUCUUUGUUGGAACUUCCAAGAGCAACAUGUAUCUCGUCAAGUAUGAUGCAAAAAGGAAUAUGAUGGCCUCACAGCUCAUUCAUACUUGCCAUUACGACAAAAUCAAUGACGUCGCUUUUCCAUCGGGCUACAGUGAAGUCUUUGCUACGUGCUCGAUGGAUGAUAUUCGUAUAUGGCAGCUGGAAAAGUGUCGAGAGCUACUUCGGAUUCAGGUCCCCAACCAGAAAUGCAUGAGCUUAGCAUUUAUGCCCGACGGAAAGUCCCUCAUUAGCGGCUGGAAUGACGGGCGGAUUCGGGCCUUCGGGCCACAAACAGGAAAACUACUCUAUACGAUACUCAAUGCUCACAAACUGAAAGCUCUCUCUUUUAUCUCCUUUUGUACUGACGCUGACAAGCAGGGCGUGACGGCAAUCACAGGCACAUCCGACAGUGGAAAGAUAAUCAGCGGUGGCGUGGAUGGUCAGGUGCGUGUAUGGAGGAUCGGCCCCCAUAGUCACAGCUUGAUCGCGACGAUGAAAGAGCAUGUCGAAGUAGUCAACGGCGUCCAGGUUCGCAAAAACGACUCGGAAUGCGUAAGUUGCAGCAGCGACGGCUCGUGCAUUGUGUGGGAUCUUACUCGAUUUACAAGAAACAACAGUAUGUUCGCGUCCACUUUCUUCAAGGCCAUCCAGUACCACCCUGACGAGAGCCAGCUUCUUACAACCGGAACAGACCGCAAGAUAACGUACUGGGAUGCCUACGACUGCGCGGCGAUCCGAAUCGUAGACGGAUCUCUGACCUCGGAGAUGACCGCGCUGGACAUAAGCCCCGACGGCACCGCGUUCGUCAGCGGGGGAUAUGACAAGGAGGUGCUCCUGUGGAACUACGACGAGGGCCAUCCUUACUUCACAGGGAAAGGACACAGCGAGCCCAUCACCAAGGUGAAGAUAAGCCCCGAUCAGCAACACGUAGUCUCGGUGGGGGAGGAAGGUGGCAUUUUUAUCUGGGACUACAAAGCUCCAACGUCGGCAUCCACGAGCCCGGCCAGCGUUGGAAGCCCAGCCAGCGGAAGCCCAGAGCCGUGAGGAAAAGAUUUGGACAGAUCAAUCAAGCAAAGCGAAACGACCAAAGCAAAGAAUUCACUGGUAGAAAACGCAUCGUGGGUGGGACAGUAUAUAGAUACGACCUCUUCUGUGUGGUGACACAACUGGCCAACAAGCGAGCGCACAGCCGCAAAGGGGAAAAGAGAGGAAAAAAAAAAGAGGGAGAAAGAAAUAAAAGGAGGAGAGGAGGAUCCUCAAAGUUUUUAAGCUCGCUCCUUCA